CUUUAACACACAUGCUGUCUCUGAGGGAAGCUGUGGAAAGUUGGCCCCGGCCAGUCGACCUUCCUGAAGGAACUGUAUAAGUCGAUUCAGUCGAACGUAAAGAUCCAUCACUGCGGGUGUCGGAGCCAGAUGACCCUGGGGGAGCUCUACAGGUCGAACGGGAGCCUUUCAGAUGGGUAACUUUCCCACCACGGUGAAGCACUGCCUGAGCUACGAGGAACUAAUCCAGGAUUAUCCAUGGCUAGCACGCUGGCUGCAGGAGGAGAAGCGCGCUUUAACACAUGAAUACCCAGAGUAUGUUAAAAUUGUUGAAGUCGGGCCAAGAGACGGACUUCAAAAUGAAAAGGAAAUGGUUCCAACAGGAGUCAAAAUCCAGCUGAUAGACAUGCUCUCAGAAACAGGCCUGCCUGUGAUCGAGGCCACCAGUUUUGUGUCUUCAAAGUGGGUACCGCAGAUGGCGGACCACACUGAAGUACUUCAAGCCAUCCACAGAUCUUCUCAUGUUCGUUAUCCAGUUCUGACACCCAACAUGCAUGGCUUUCAGGAUGCUGUUGCAGCUGGUGCUACUGAAGUGGCCGUGUUUGGGUCUGCAUCUGAGACCUUCAGUAGGAAAAACAUCAACUGCUCUAUAGAUGAGAGCAUUCUGAGGUUCGAGGAAGUAAUUUGCACUGCCAAACAACGACAGAUUCCAGUCCGUGGAUAUGUUUCUUGUGCACUAGGAUGUCCAUAUGAGGGACCCAUUGAAUCCACUAAAGUUGCAGAGGUGGUGAAGAGGUUGUAUGAACUGGGCUGCUACGAGGUGUCUCUGGGGGAUACUAUCGGCGUGGGCACCCCAGGCUCCAUGGCCAAGAUGUUACACAGCGUCAAGAAGGAGGUACCCAGCAGCGCUCUGGCCGUUCACUGCCAUGACACUUACGGCCAGGCCCUGGCCAACAUCCUAACCGCACUGCAGAUGGGGAUUUGUACAGUGGACUCGUCUGUAGCAGGUUUGGGAGGGUGCCCAUAUGCCCAGGGGGCGUCUGGCAACGUGUCAACAGAAGAUGUUCUCUAUAUGCUCCAUGGGAUGGGCAUUAAAACCGGAGUGGAUCUGUCCAAAGUAAUCGAGGCAGGUGACUUCAUCUGCAAAGCCUUAAACCGCAAGACCAACUCCAAGGUAGCCCAAGCAAGAGGCGAUUACUCUGUGCAUUGCCGCAUGAAGAAGAUAAAUACUUGACAUCUUGUCCUUUUGAACAUUGUUCCUUUUCAUGCUGCAUAUAGAUAGCAAAUUAUACAAUACAAAGUGCACUAUACUUCAUUUUUUGGACAAAAAUGUGUAUCCAUUUAGCAGAUGCACUUUAUUAAAGUGUUAAUGGAUAAGGCCUACUUACAGAAAUAACUGUAAACUUUUCAAACCAAAUAACUUGUAUCACUGUAUAGUCUGUCUGAUAGGAGGUAAAAGAGAUGACUCCUCACUAAGUUGUGAAAGUUAUUCAUGAUGUUUCUGUUUGGGGUCUCUUCCCAUUCAUUUCCAGCUCAAUGUGGUUACAAUUAGACAAGGGGACCUGAGAGGGUUAAGGGAGUCCUGCUGGGUUUAAAACCAGUGUGGGUCGAUCAUUAUCUCCCUCAAAAUGUAUUUUCAUUUCCUAAGUCGCUUGCUCUGUCAAGAUGGAAGUAUGUCCGCCUUCACAUGUGAAAUAUGUCUUUGUUUUCUCUCUCUUCAUCCUUCUCACCAGUGCAUGACCCCAUUCCAUAAGUUGGAUAAGGUCAUUCAUUAAUUGUAUUUUGUAGAGUUAAAUGUACAGUAGUCGGCAGCUUUGUGUUGAACUAUUGUAUUUGCAAUAGUCAGAAGGGACAAAUGUAUUUUAGCUGGUGAAGCAUCUCAUCCGCUACUUUUGGUAGAAGUAGGCCUGACAAUAUCUAUAAGAACACUGAACAAUAUCAAAUAUUGGUAAAUCAAAUCCUGACAUUAACUUUGUUGUAUAACAAAGCAUUUAACCUCCCUUCCACUAGACAGUCCUCCUUUUUAAAUACCUUACUCUUGCAGAUAAGUUGAGCAAAUGUCAAUAUCCAUGAGUAAAGUAUUUUAUUAAUUUGCUUUUUAAUAGUAAUGAAUGUACUGUAGUAUUAUGUAUUGUGUGAGUAUUAUGUAUUGGGUGACAAAGUGCUAUAAUAAUAAGUAAUAUAUUGAAUGUAUGUAGUGCCUUUAUUCUAUGGGUUCAAGAAGAGUGACAUAUAUAUUAUAAAUUAAAUGAAGAGUUAAUAGUUAAUAGCUAAUAAAUAGUUAGAAAAGUAAUUUUGUUUUUGCAAACCAAGGUAACUUGGUGAAUCCAACAUGCUUAUUACAUUAAGAUAAUAAAGGUUGAUUAAACAAA